GUGGGAAUCGCUAAGGGGCGGGGGUGCUCGGGCCCCACUAUAACGGCUGGAUCCUGCGCCCAGUGGCGUUAGCUUCCCCUCGCGGGCACAGCCCAGGGCAACCGCUGCCUCUUCGCAGGGCCGGGCCGCACCGCCGGGCAGCCCGCGCCCAGAGCUCGGCCUCCCCGCCUCCUGCUGGCGCUUUGCCCUGCCAUUGGGCGAAGGAGACGCCAGUUCAGCCGCCUGCCCUGGCCCAGCCCCCGUGGACUUCCGUGUUGCCUAGUACCUAGCAAGCCCAAGAGCCGCUAGCUGAGGGCGCAGGUACCGGGGCUGCUGGAUUCGCUCCACCGCCUCCACCUUCUCUUCUAUCCUAGGCGGGAAGGAGCUUGCGGGAAGCAUCGGCUACUCAUUGCGGAGCAGUUCGUGGUGUUACAGGGAGCAACAGCCUGACUAGGCUCUUUGCCAGCCAAUUCCUGCUUUAUUAUUCUGCCAUUCACUGUGCUCUACCCUACUUCCUAAAAGAGUAAAAAAUGGCAUUUCGUAAGAUAGUAAAAGGAACGGCUCUCAUUGGAGGAGGUGCGAUAGCAACAGUUUUUGGACUCUCUCAAUUGUCUGAGUAUAGAAACAAACACGGUAACUCUAUGUAUGUUCAGGCAGCAGAACCAGUGAACAUACCAAUGAAAAAUUCUUUUCCGUCAAGAGAUGAUCAGCUUCUGGCUCUACAAAACACAAGUGAAUUUGAUGUGCUUGUUAUAGGAGGAGGAGCAACAGGCUGUGGCUGUGCAUUAGAUGCUGUUACAAGAGGACUAAAAACAGCUCUUGUAGAAAGAGAUGAUUUCUCAUCAGGGACCAGCAGCAGGAGCACUAAAUUGAUCCAUGGUGGAGUGAGAUAUCUUCAGAAGGCCAUCAUGAGGUUGGAUUUUGAGCAGUACAGGAUGGUAAAAGAAGCACUUCAUGAGCGUGCCAACUUGCUUGAAAUUGCUCCUCAUUUGUCUGGUCCUUUGCCUAUAAUGCUUCCUGUUUAUAAAUGGUGGCAGCUGCCAUACUACUGGGUGGGAAUAAAACUAUAUGAUCUUGUAGCUGGAAGUCAGUGUCUGAAAAGCAGCUAUGUGCUCAGCAAGUCAAGAGCCUUGGAACUCUUUCCAAUGCUACAGAAAGACAGACUUGUAGGCGCUAUUGUCUACUAUGAUGGACAGCACAACGAUGCACGAAUGAACCUUGCCAUUGCCCUCACUGCUGCCAGGUAUGGUGCUGCCACAGCCAAUUACACUGAAGUGGUGCACUUGCUGAAGAAGACCGAUCCAAAGAGCGGGAAGGAGCGUGUCUGUGGUGCACGAUGCAGAGAUGUUCUAACAGGGCAGGAAUUUGAUGUCAAAGCCAAAUGUGUUAUCAAUGCUACAGGACCUUUCACAGACUCUAUACGCAAAAUGGAUGAUCAGGAAGUAUCAAACAUCUGUCAGCCAAGUGCAGGCGUGCAUAUUGUGAUGCCUGGUUAUUACAGCCCUGAUAACAUGGGGCUGCUUGACCCAGCCACUAGUGAUGGACGAGUAAUUUUCUUCCUACCAUGGGAAAAGAUGACUAUUGCCGGGACUACAGAUACUCCAACUGAGGUUACACAUCACCCGAUACCUACAGAGGAAGAUAUUAACUUUAUUUUGACUGAAGUGCGCAACUAUCUUAGUUGUGAUGUUGAAGUGAGAAGAGGAGAUGUCUUGGCAGCAUGGAGCGGCAUUCGUCCCCUUGUCACUGAUCCCAGCUCUAAAGACACCCAGUCAAUAUCUAGGAAUCAUGUUGUUGCUGUUAGUGACAGUGGCCUGGUUACUAUAGCAGGUGGGAAGUGGACAACCUAUCGCUCCAUGGCACAAGAUACCAUUGAUGCAGCCAUCCAGACUCACAAUCUAAAGGCAGGCCCAUGUAAGACAGUAGGCCUGUUACUGCAGGGGGCUAAGGACUGGAGUCCUACUCUUUACAUUAGGUUGGUCCAAGAUUAUGGACUGGAAAGUGAGGUGGCUCAGCACCUUGCUUCUACAUAUGGUGACAAGGCUUUUGAGGUGGCCAAAUUAGCCCAAGUUACUGGAAAGAGGUGGCCUAUUGUUGGAAAACGCCUUGUAUCAGAAUUUCCAUAUAUUGAAGCUGAGGUUGUAUAUGGGGUAAAAGAGUAUGCGUGCACUGCAGUGGAUAUGAUUUCACAUCGCACUCGGCUGGCCUUCUUGAACGUGCAAGCUGCAGAUGAAGCCCUACCAAGAAUCAUUGAUAUAAUGGGGAAGGAACUUCGCUGGAGUGAUCAGAAGAAAAAGGAAGAACUUGAAUCUGCUAAAAAGUUUCUGUACUAUGAAAUGGGCUACAAGGCAAAAUCAGAACAAUUAACAGACAGCUCUGAAAUCACACUUAUACCUUCAGAUAUUGACAGAUAUAAAAAGAGGUUCCACAUGUUUGAUAAAGAGAAGAAAGGUUUUAUUACCAUACUGGAUGUUCAACUUGUGUUAGAGAACAUCAGCAUUCAAAUUGAUGAAAAUACACUUCAUGAGAUUUUAAAUGAGGUGGAUUUGAACAAAAAUGGGCAGGUUGAACUCAAUGAGUUUUUGCAGCUCAUGAGUGCUAUUCAGAAGGGAUAUGUGUCAGGAAGCCGACUGGCUGUACUUAUGAAAACUGCUGAAGAGAAUUUACAUCAGAGAGUUGUUAUUCCAGUGGAUCGAAGUGGUGGUGGACUGUGAGUUUGAAAAAUGCAAAACCUGCAUACAGCUAUGUGUCGCUGCCUCGUUCAGUGCUGAAAAACAUUCCAAUGGUUUCAAAAGUCUGUUUAUUCUACACGAUCUGUAGCUGGUGGUCAGGUAGCUUUUACAAAAACAAACGGGUGCAUUUAUCUUUUUCCUUAUUUUCUGUGCUUAUAUUAAUACUCCAAAAUGUGGCCUUUUGGACUGGGCAGACUUCAGACAUGGAAAUUAUUUGCAAGAAUUCAGACGAGUCUAGAAAAGGGUUGUUCAGACACUCCCUCUCACAACUUUAAGCUCUUAGAUAUUCUCUAUGCACCAUUUCUUUUUAAGCAUGCAGAUUAGCUGCUACCUAAAAUCUACUUUAAUUAAAAGUAUUAGGCAUGUUCAAAGUGCCUGUCAGAAAAAGAAAAGUUUUCAUGGGGGAAAGGGGAAAUGUUCACAUUUAGGUUUUCAGGAGGUUGCCACAAAAAAAUAUCUUGAGCACUUCUAAAUUAAACAUCCUGAUAAAGAAUCAUAGUGAUAUUUAUGGAAUGCUGCAUAGUCACUUCAAUGCUUCUCAGUGUUGUACUCAUUCAGUGGCAUCAAAUUUUUUGUCAGAUACAUUUCUGUCAAUAAAAUUUUGACAGUAUGAGGCUGGAAGAGCACAAGAUGGAAGCAAAAAAACCAAAAUUAUCAUAAUAAGAUAUAAUUUAAAGUAAAACAUAAUAUAGGUACUGUAUACCUUUCACUCCUAUGUGUGGAAACCAGUCUGUUUUCAGUAUAUGCUAUUGUCGAGCAGAUAUUGGCGUAUCUUGUAAAUUCUCGUACUGUUUGUUUUUGGGUUUUUUAGACAAAUACUGAAAGUAUAUAUAACAAGAGCUUUGCCAUAUUACUCUAAUCUUAGUCAGUUAAUAUUUGCAAAAUGUACACUUAAAUGGGAAAGUUGUUUUGGUGAUCUAGCAGGGCUUACUGAAAAAGCGGUAAGGGCUAUUCAGCAAAUUAAUGCAAAGUUGAGAACACCAAUUUUGGGCUAUUUAUUUGAGCCUUUCUCGCACAUGCUGCACCUGGCUAUUUGCCCUGUGACUCUUCCUAUUAUGAAAUUGACUAUGAUCAGCAUUAAGAUCAAAUGGAGGGUUUCUGCUUGAUCUGUGGCAGGGAGGAAAAAAAUAAUGGAUAUUUUAUUGGUAAGUACUUUUCAUAAUAGUCCCGAGUAUAAAUAUCAGUUUACAUCUCAAAGCAGAAGCCUUGAAUUUAAAGUGCCAGCGUACAUAUACACAACUAAAUGCAAAAUCUGAUUAAUUUUAAUCCAUUAAGGGCACAUGAUGUGAGGUUAAUAUUCUCUAAGCAGUGCAGUUCUGAAUAGUAGACAAGUAAAAUAAUAUUGUAUGCAAAAUAUUUAGGUGCUCAGGAUGUAAAAUAACUGUGAUGACAGUACUAACUACAGGUGGUAAUGGUGAGGUGAUUGAAUUUUUUCAUCUAGUACAUUUCCAGCUAUUACAAAUUGUAUUGAUCUAAAUAUGGGUGAAGGAAAAGCCCACCUAAAAUUAUUAAAUGAAUCUGAACUUAUCAGUUAAGGGCAAAUAUACAGCACUUAGUCUAAACAAAAAAUGGAGGGAAGACUGUAUUCUAAAAAGCCCCAAGGUGAAAUGCUUUAAAAUGAUUUUUCCUUUAUUAGAUUUUGCUAACAUUAAGAUGCUUUGUACUUUCUUGCACACAUCACAGUGGGGAACUAACUUUUUUGUUUUUGAGAUCACUGAGCACACCCUAGUAUGGCUCAAUCUGUGUGAAUUGACACUUGAUGACAACGUGAGGUUUAUGUAUGAACAAAAAGGGCCUUGGAUUUGUUUCUCUAUCAAGCUUUUGCAUUAAAAUAUGUCAGCAUACACUGGAUAAAAUAUAUAUCUGUAUUUUUGCAAUAUAAAGUUAUUGGUGCCAAAUGUCCUUUUGAACUAAAGAGUAAAGAACACAACAACCUUUUGCCGCACAUUCUAGAACUGGGAGAAAUCAAUGUACAAUAAUACAGAGUUAAGUUUUGUAUUUUUCAAAAAGACAUUAUGUUACCAAUAAUUUUUAAAGUGUAAUGGCUACAAGUGACACAGAAGAGUCCUUUUCAGGUUAGAUGAAGAAAGCCAUUGUAUUUAACAUAUUUCUUAUGAUUCAGUACACCUUUAAUAGUUCCCCUCCACUCCCUUAAGUUAUACUGUUAAGAAUGAUAAUUGAGGUUUUGCUGUAACGCCAAUACUGUGUACCACACAUCCAAUAUACUACUUGCUGUUUUUUUAUUUACUAACUUAAUAUAAUAUGCAGAAUGUAAAGGGAUUUUCAUGGCUGUGUGCCUGUCCUGUUGUUCUGAUUUGCUUUGAAUUUUAGAUGCAAUAACUUUCUUAGUCCUCUGCUGUUUUGGUCUCUUGUGGCACAGUAGAAUGUGUAUAAGUACUUACAUUGUAUAGCAGAAAAAGUUGCAUACAUUGUUUAUACUGGUUUAAAUAGUAAAAUGGAAAUACAAUCCAAAAUUAUUUGAUUUCAUCCCAACACUGUUUUAAAGUUUUGAAACAAUGAUUUUUCAAGAUGUACUCUUCAGGUCAAUUCAGCUGUAAAAUUUCAUUGGCCUGUAUUAUUCUAACCCAGUGUGCAGCAACUACUCUUUAAACAAAAACUAUCAGCCCAAUUUUGUGUGUGUGUGUGUGGGUGGGUGGGGUGUAUAUUGCAUAUUUUUAUAUGUGGCACUUAUGUAUUGUAGUGGGUUAUUGCUAUCAAUUGGACAGUUAAAUACUGUAUUUGAGGCUGGGCUGUCCUUUUUAUAAUUGUCACAAUGUUUUAUUGACAUUAUUUAUUACUUUUGAUAUACAGAAUGAGCUGCAUGCAUUUACAGAGCAAUAAGAGAAUAUAUUUAAUGUGCCUUGUUUUUAACUGAAUAAGAACUGAAAGCAUGAAUCAAUAAAACUGAUUAAAAUGG